AUCCGAUCAUAAGUUUUGGCCUUUCUUGCUUCAUUCUAUCGACUUACCUUCAAUUUUCUCUUUUCUUCUUCAAACAUUCUCUCAACUUUCAAACCCUCUCGAAGAUGUCUCCUUCAGUAACAAACACAGAAGUGAACCCCGCAUUCGUGCUUCACUCGAUCAAAAAUGUCUCCAUUGAGAACCGAGAGAUUCCCAAACUUCGUAAUGAGCACGAUGUCCGAGUCCACAUUGAGCAGACUGGAAUAUGUGGAAGUGAUGUGCACUACUGGCAACGUGGAAGAAUUGGAGACUUUAUUCUGACGAGUCCAAUCGUUCUUGGCCAUGAAAGUUCAGGCACAGUCGUGGAGAUUGGUAAAGCUGUCAAGAACCUAAAAGUUGGAGAUCGAGUCGCAAUCGAACCUGGUGUCCCAUGUCGAUACUGCAAUUUCUGCCGUGAAGGAGCAUACAAUCUCUGCGCCGACACCAUUUUUGCUGCAACACCACCUUGGGAUGGGACUCUCCAGAAGUAUUACACUGUAGCAAGUGAUUACUGCUACCCUAUCCCAGCCCACAUGUCUGCGGAAGAUGGCGCCAUGGUCGAACCCACUGCAGUCGCUGUUCAGAUUUGCAAAGUUGCGGACUUGCGAGCGAAUCAGACGGUUAUAGUGUUUGGCUGUGGCCCGAUUGGUGUGCUCUGUCAAGCUAUGGCGAAGGCGUAUGGAGCGAAGAAGGUCAUCGGAGUUGAUAUUUCCAAGGCGAGGACCGAGUUUGCAAAGAAAUAUGCUGCGGAUGAAGUAUUCGUGCCAGGAAGAGCUCCCGCAGGCGUGGAUCCCGUCGAUGCGAGUCGUGCGAUUGGAGAGAAAAUUAUUGCAGAGUUUGGACUUGGAGAAGGAGCUGAUGUUAUUUUGGAAUGUACCGGAGCAGAGCCUUGUAUCCAGGCUGGUGUAUUUGCUGCUAAGAAGGGCGGGACGUAUGUGCAAGCUGGGAUGGGGAAGGAGAAUGUCGUCUUUCCAAUCACGACAGCUUGCAUUCGUGCAUUGAAUAUCAAGGGGUCGAUUAGAUACACGGCAGGAUGUUAUGAAACAGCAGUAGAUAUGGUCGCAUCUGGUAAAAUUGAUGUCAAGGCUCUCAUCACACACAGAUUCAAGUUUGAGGACGCAGAACAGGCUUUCGAAUUGGUUAAGAAGGGGCAGGAAGAUGUUUUGAAAGUCGUUAUUGAAGGCGUUCUAUGAUCAAUCUGUUUUGAAACAAGUGAAUAGACAACUUUAAGCGAGAACCCC